CGCCCCGACGCCUUCACCUCGAUCGAUUCGAGUCCGUUCCUCUCUUAGGAGAACAUCCCCCCCCUCAAAGGACGUUUCACGCCCGCCUCCCACCUCCGCAUAUCACGAUCGGUCGACAAGAUGACCGACUUUGGCCUUCGUGCUCCCCACGGGCCCGACAUGUCGGGUACCCAUAACCCUCUCGAGGACAUGGACAUCCACGAGAAGGGUGCCUUCGAUGAACUCAUUCGCCCCGAUGACAGCUAUACUCCGGACGGCACGUAUUGGGCCGACUUGCCCCUCAUGAAGAGAAUCAAAUUCGUCGGCUCCAACGACGCCGCGGAAGCCAAGCGCGAGCUCGGCGAGAUCUGGAAAAUGACCAAGGCGGACCCCCUCUCACCCAUCUCGCAUUACUUCCGGAACAUGGUCCUCCCUGGUGCUGGUCUGGGUCUCGAAGGUUACGUGCUUUUCUCGAUUGGAAACAUCAAGCCCCUGUUUGAGGAUUCGUUCAAGUCGUGCUGGAAGACACAUGAGAUCUGCAAUGCUCAAUGGAUCAACGCGGUGGAUUAUCUCGAAAUUCUCGGCAUCAUUGCCGGUCAGGUUGCGGUCGGAAUCGUUGGUGACUGGCUUGGUCGUCGUUGGGGUCUGAUUCAAGACGCUUCGGUCAUGUUGCUGGGUUUGAUCAUGCUUACCGCCGCCUGGGGUGUCACUCAGAACGGCUGGGUUAUCUGUUACGCCUGGUCCCUGUUUAUCUACGGUUUCGGUGUUGGUGGCGAGUAUCCGAUGACUGCCACGAGCGGUAUGGAGGGCGCCGUUGGCUCUGGAAAGGUCUCGACCAAGGAGGACCGCCUUCACCGUGGCCGCAAGGUCACCAGUGCUUUCUUGAUGCAGGGUUGGGGUCAAUUCCUCAACCAGGCCCUGCUGAUCCUUUUGCUUCUCAUCUUCCACCACGGUAGUGGCAAUGCGCCCUACUCCGCGGUGGCUACUCAGUGGACUUACCGGAUCUCUUUCGCCAUCCCCGCUGUCGGCACCCUGUGGCUCGUCUACUACCGUGCCUACCACAUGAAGGCGGCUAGCAAGCAACUAGCGGCUGCGAAGAAGAAGGCGUCGGUGACUGGUUAUGAUGUCGCCUCGUUGAAGCUGACUUUCCGCUACUUCGGCUUCCGUAUCCUGGCAACCGCCGGUUGCUGGUUUGCCAAUGACGUCUUCUUCUACGGCAACAAGCUUUUCAGCUCCGAAUUCAUUGAAGUCCUCAGCCCCGGAAGCACUUCCAUCAUGCCUACCUGGCUUUGGAGUUUGUGCAAUUGCGGUGUGGAGUUGGCCGGUUACUACUGCGCCUCCUUCUUCGUCGAUAACAAGCUCUAUGGCCGCAAGCGCAUGCAGAUGAUUGGAUUCCUCAUGUGCUUCAUCCUCUUCGUGGUUCCCGCGUUCCACUACGACUACUACACUCAGCCUGAAAACAUCCAUGCUUUCCAGGCGAUGUACUUCCUGAGUUCGUUUUUCAACCAAUUCGGCCCCAAUUCCGUCACCUUCCUGGUGGCUGCCGAAGUGUUCCCGACCCCUAUUCGUGCCACGGCUCACGGUAUGUCCGCGGCUUGCGGCAAAUCCGGCGCGCUUCUCGCGUCUGUCUUGUACAACUACAUUGACACCCAAACCAAGUUCUACUUCGUGCCUUGGUUUGGUCUCCUGGGCAUGCUCCUGACCUUCAUCUUCCUCCCGGAUACCACCGGUCUCGACCUGAAGGAGCAGGAGCGUCGUUGGCAGUACAUUCGUGAAGGCCGGGAGAGCGACUACCACGGCCCUGCCGUCCACGCGGAGCACCUCUCUCUCUGGGAGCGCCUCACCGGAGUCGGAAAGAACUACGAUGCCGAACUUGACUACAAGCUCAAGGUUGAGGAGUACCGGGCCGAGUGGGAGGCCGCCAUGUCCCGCAAGAUCGCCGAAAACCCCAAGGACGAGGACUUCCUGCAAGAUACGGACGAAUCCCUCCUUGAAGGCCACGUGCACUCCUACUUCCACCGCACCAGUCCGAUGUUCCGCCCGAUGGAGCAGACUGCCAAGGCGGAUAACUUCACGCUGCCUCCGGCGGCGCAGGACGAAUCUUACAACGAAAAGUCCGAGUUAUGAGUAUGAUUUUCAAGAAGCUUGUGGGACGGCGUUUUGUUUUUGAUUGUUUGGAUACAGGCUAUCCGUUUUUUUUUUUUUUU